GUCUAUCCCAAGGGAUAAGGAACUAAGCCUUAAACUAGCUAAAUUUGUUUUGGAAAAUUGUCAAAAUUCUAAAUAGGUCGUGGCCCACCGUAAGCUUGGAGUCCAACAAAAAUGGCAACGUCCAAAUGCACGUGCAAAAAUGAGGCUCGCGUCCAUGUCAUUUACGUGGGCGGCACUAUUGGAAUGAUGCGAAACGAGUCGGGAGAACUGCACACCGUGCCAAAGAUGUUGGCUCAGCGGCUUCACGAAAUUCCCAGCUGCCACGACUUGGGGUUCGUCAGUAAAAAGCUUGAAGAGGGCUUCAUGGCACUACCAGCAGUGGCUGGUUCUCCGUAUCGUGUCAUCUACGACCUGGUCGAGUUCUGUCCACUGGUGGAUUCUAGCUGCAUGGGCAUGUGCGAUUGGCAGCGCAUGGCUAACGAAGUGGGAAAUAACUACAAGUCUUAUGACGGCUUCGUGAUUCUCCACGGAACGGAUACAUUGGCCUACUCCGCCUCGGCGCUGGCUUUCAUGUUGGAGAACCUGAACAAACCGGUGGUUGUCACUGGGGCUCAGAUACCUAUUUUCGAGGCCCGGUCCGAUGGACGGGACAACUUCCUGGGCGCACUUCUGAUAGCAGGCAAUUACAACAUACCUGAGGUACUGGUCUUUUUCGGAAACAAGAUACUCCGGGGCUGUCGCUCCACGAAGCUCAACUCGGACUCGUUCCACGCCCUCGAUUCGCCAAAUUUAGCUCCAUUAGGUCGGGCAGGUGUGAAUAUUGAAAUCAACAGUCGCCAGAUCUUCCGGCCUUGCAAUAUGAAACCAUUUUCGUUGCAUUGCGAGCUGGAGAAGAACGUAGCCCUGCUGCGGAUUUACCCGGGAAUAAGUGUCAGUGUGGUGCAGGCCUUCCUGAAGGAUCCCAUUAAAGGUGUGGUCCUUCAGACCUUCGGAGCCGGCAACUUUCCGGUCAACCGUGAGGAGUUACUGGACGAACUGAGGGAGGCGGUCCACCGAGGCGUCAUUAUCGUGAACAUUACCCAGUGUUCGGCGGGCAUGGUUACGAGCACUUACGAGACGGGUCAUGCGCUGCUCGAGGUGGGCGUAAUCCCCGGCUAUGACAUGACCCAGGAGGCCGCCUUCGCCAAACUGGCCUAUGUGCUGUCCAAACCGGAAUGGGACGUGGCCAACAAGAAGAAGGUGAUGCUGUUGAGCCUGCGCGGGGAGCUGACCACCAAUAAGGUGGCCAAGAUCAACGACAUCGACCUGAUCGAGGGUGUGGCCCGCACACUGCACAUGUCCACGGGGCUGGAGCGUCAGCAGAUGUGCUCCACCUUCUAUCCAGCUUUGGUGGCGGCCGCCGUUACCCAGGGUGAUAUUCACAAAUUGGGCGAUCUCAAGCAGUACGGCGCCAAUCUGUGCGACACCAACUGCGAUGGUCGCUCCGCCCUGCACCUGGCCUGUUUCCUGGGCAAGCUGAACUGCGUCUGCUUUCUGAUAUCCUCCGGUUGUCCGGUUAAUGUGCACGAUCGGUUCAGUCGCACGCCCUUGCACGAGGCCAUCGACACGGACAAUCAUGAAAUUAUCAAGGCGCUGCUCAAGAACGGGGCCAAGUUGAAUGAUCAGCCGCUGGUUCAAGCGGAGCUGCUGCGUGCCCUAACGGAGCGGGGAAAGAUCAAGCGAUUGGAGUCCUUCCGACUGGCUGGGGCCAAUCUCACGCUUGCAGAUCGAACCGGACGCACUGCCCUGCACUACGCCUGUCAGUUGGGCAACCACGAGGUCGUUGAGUAUCUCCUGCCGCACUACGAGAAUCCGUACGUCAAGGAUGAACUGGGCAUGGCCCCCAUCGAUUACGCCAAGGCAGCCAAUCAUGCCCACAUCGUGACCCUGAUGCGAUUCCGGGAGAACGAGUUGGCCAAGGCCGAUCCUUGCUCCUGCCCACAUUAGAAAAUACCGUUAGACCCCAGUUCCGAAUUUUCAAUUAAAGAUUAGAAAACCUC